GGAUCCUUGGAGUAAAGCAGAUCCUGUCUGAUAAACUUCCACGGGAGAAGAGAUGUCCUUCAAGGGCGCACGGUUCAGCGUGAGGAAAAGGAGGAACGGCACGCCCGACAGCACCCGGACGCUGUACUCCAGCACGUCCCGGAGCACCGACGUGUCCUACACCGAGAGCGACUUGGUGAAUUUCAUCGAAGCAAAUUUUAAGAAACGGGAGUGCGUCUUCUUUACCAAAGAUUCCAAGGCCACGGAGAAUGUGUGCAAGUGUGGCUACGCCCAGAACCAACACAUAGAAGGCACCCAGGUCAACCAAAACGAGAAAUGGAAUUACAAGAAACACACAAAGGAACUUCCCACCGAUGCUUUCGGAGAUAUUCAGUUUGAGACUCAGGGGAAGAAAGGGAAGUAUAUCCGACUGUCCUGCGACACGGACGCGGAAACGCUGUACGAGCUGCUGACCCAGCACUGGCACCUGAAAACACCCAACCUGGUCAUUUCCGUGACUGGCGGCGCCAAAAACUUCGCCCUGAAGCCGCGCAUGCGCAAGAUCUUCAGCCGCCUGAUCUACAUCGCGCAGUCGAAAGGUGCGUGGAUUCUCACUGGAGGCACCCACUAUGGGCUGAUGAAGUUCAUCGGGGAGGUGGUGAGAGAUAACACCAUCAGCAGGAAUUCGGAGGAGAACAUUGUGGCCAUUGGCAUCGCCGCUUGGGGCAUGGUCUCCAACAGGGACACCCUCAUCAGGAAUUGUGAUGUGGAGGGAUAUUUUUCAGCUCAGUACAUUAUGGAUGACUUCAAGAGAGACCCUCUGUACAUCCUGGACAACAACCACACCCACCUGCUGCUUGUGGACAACGGCUGCCAUGGGCACCCCACAGUGGAGGCAAAGCUCCGGAAUCAGCUGGAGAAGUACAUCUCUGAGCGCACGAUUCAAGAUUCCAACUACGGUGGCAAGAUCCCCAUUGUGUGUUUUGCCCAAGGAGGUGGGAAAGAGACUUUGAAGGCCAUCAAUACCUCCGUCAAAAGUAAAAUCCCCUGCGUGGUGGUGGAAGGCUCGGGGCAGAUCGCUGAUGUGAUCGCGAGCCUGGUGGAGGUGGAGGACGUCCUGACGUCAUCCAUCGUCAAGGAGAAGCUGGUGCGCUUCCUGCCGCGCACCGUGUCCCGGCUGCCUGAGGAGGAGACCGAGAGUUGGAUCAGAUGGCUCAAAGAAAUUGUCGAAAGUUCUCACCUAUUAACAGUUAUUAAAAUGGAAGAAGCAGGGGAUGAAAUUGUGAGCAAUGCGAUCUCCUAUGCAUUGUAUAAAGCCUUUAGCACCAAUGAACAAGAUAAGGAUAACUGGAAUGGGCAGCUUAAGCUUCUGCUGGAGUGGAACCAGCUGGACAUAGCCAAUGAUGAGAUUUUCACCAAUGACCGCCGAUGGGAGUCUGCUGACCUUCAGGAAGUCAUGUUUACAGCUCUUAUAAAGGACAGACCCAAGUUUGUCCGCCUCUUUCUGGAGAAUGGCUUGAACCUGCGGAAGUUCCUCACCAAUGACGUCCUCACCGAGCUCUUCUCCAAUCACUUCAGCUCCCUGGUGUAUCAAAACCUGCAGAUCGCCAAAAAUUCCUAUAAUGAUGCCCUCCUUACCUUUGUCUGGAAACUGGUUGCUAACUUCCGAAGAGGCUUCCGGAAGGAAGACAGGAAUAGCAGAGAUGAAAUAGACCUAGAGCUCCAUGAUGUAUCUCCUAUCACUCGGCAUCCCCUGCAAGCGCUCUUCAUCUGGGCCAUUCUUCAGAACAAGAAGGAGCUCUCCAAAGUCAUUUGGGAGCAGACCAGGGGCUGCACUCUGGCCGCCCUGGGGGCCAGCAAACUUCUGAAGACUCUGGCUAAGGUGAAGAAUGACAUCAACGCUGCAGGGGAGUCGGAGGAGCUGGCAAACGAGUACGAGAGCCGAGCAGUGGAGCUGUUCACAGAGUGUUACAGCAGCGACGAGGACUUGGCGGAACAACUCCUGGUCUAUUCCUGUGAAGCCUGGGGUGGAAGCAGCUGUUUGGAGCUGGCGGUGGAGGCAACCGACCAGCAUUUCAUUGCCCAGCCCGGGGUCCAGAAUUUUCUUUCCAAGCAGUGGUAUGGAGAGAUUUCCCGAGACACCAAGAACUGGAAGAUUAUCCUGUGUCUGUUUAUUAUACCCUUGGUUGGCUGUGGCUUGGUAUCAUUUAGGAAGAAGCCCCUGGACAAGCACAGGAAGCUCCUGUGGUACUACGUGGCCUUCUUCACCUCCCCGUUCGUAGUCUUCUCCUGGAACGUGGUCUUCUACAUCGCCUUCCUCCUGCUCUUCGCCUACGUGCUGCUCAUGGAUUUCCACUCUGUGCCCCACGCCCCGGAGCUGGUCCUCUACGCGCUAGUCUUCGUCCUGUUCUGUGAUGAAGUGAGACAGUGGUGUGUGAACGGCGUGAAUUACUUUACCGACCUGUGGAAUGUCAUGGAUUCACUUGGGCUUUUCUACUUCAUAGCGGGAAUCGUGUUUCGGCUCCACCCUUCUAACAAAACCUCACUGUACUCGGGACGAGUGAUUUUUUGCCUGGAUUACAUUAUAUUCACCCUAAGGUUGAUUCACAUUUUCACGGUCAGCAGAAAUUUAGGACCCAAGAUUAUAAUGUUGCAGAGGAUGCUGAUCGACGUGUUCUUCUUCCUGUUCCUCUUUGCCGUGUGGAUGGUGGCCUUCGGUGUGGCCAGGCAGGGGAUCCUUAGACAGAACGAGCAUCGCUGGAGGUGGAUCUUCCGCUCAGUCAUCUAUGAGCCCUACCUGGCCAUGUUUGGCCAAGUGCCCAGUGAUGUGGACGGCACCACGUACGACUUCUCCCACUGCACCUUCACCGGGAAUGAGUCCAAGCCCCUGUGCGUGGAGCUGGACGAGCACAACCUGCCCCGCUUCCCCGAGUGGAUCACCAUCCCCCUGGUGUGCAUCUACAUGCUGUCCACCAACAUCCUGCUGGUCAACCUGCUGGUCGCCAUGUUCGGUUACACCGUGGGCACAGUCCAGGAAAACAAUGACCAGGUCUGGAAGUUCCAGAGGUACUUCCUGGUGCAGGAAUACUGCAGCCGCCUCAACAUCCCCUUCCCCUUCGUGGUCUUCGCCUACUUCUACAAGGUGGUCAAGAAGUGCUUCCGGUGCUGCUGCAGAGAGAGGAACACGGAGCCCUCCGCCUGCUGUUUCAGAAAUGAAGACAACAUGACUCUGGCAUGGGAGGGUGUCAUGAAAGAAAAUUACCUCGUCAAGAUCAACACAAAAGCCAGCGACUCGUCAGAGGAAAUAAAGCAUCGUUUUAGACAGCUGGAUACAAAGCUUAAUGACCUCAAAGGUAUUCUGAAAGAAAUUGCUAAUAAAAUCAAAUAAAAGCGCAUGGACUCUGAUGGAGAAAAAUUUAAUUCUAGCAAGGUCGCAUCAGACGUCUACAUGGCGAAGAUUCAAGGGAUCCUGCUGAACAGUUGCAUCUUGACAACAGCUGUGUUCCUGACUAAGCGAGAAUUGUUCAGGCCCCUGGGUGCACCGUGAUGGCUUUAAUCGCUCCAGUGUGCUCAGUCUGAGGAUAAAAUAUGUCCCCGAUUUCACUCAAGAAGACGAAUGUAAAGGAAGAACAUUUCCUGCCCGUGCUUACCCCCAGGCCGCCCUGUUGUUCUCCGCGGCAUCUCCGGGGCCAGAACCUCUGUGGAUGGUCUGGGCUGCGCGGUGUUCUCCCGUUUCCUCCUCUUGUCCUCCUUGGACCCAUGCAUGUUAGGGAACAUCUCUCCUAGGAAUAGCAGCCUGGUCCUGCUUUCUCUCCUGGAUCCUCACUUUGUCUUCAACUGAUUCUCUUUUGUUUCCUUUUUUUUUUUUUUGUAUUAUGUGACUAAUUAGCUGUCAUAGUGUUAAACGUUUCUGCAGUCAGGUCAGAUUCUAAGAAGUGCUACAGCUAGAGGAAUCUACUUUUUUUCAGGAGAAACUCUUAUCAUUGUUCUCUAUGAUUUUAAUCAUUAAAGCAGAUGAUAAAGCAUCGUCUUCCUGCAUGUGCCCCAGGAACCCCACUUGACGGAAGUACCCCCUUCCCAGCAGUGUGAAAAGGCACCUGAAGACGACCUCCCCAGAGGCUCGUCUGAUUUUGUUUUCACUGAGUGUCCCUCUUGCUUAUUGUUUUCCCAUUAUAAAUAAUUCAUGGGUGUGAUCGGAAAUUCCUGGGUAUUAUACAAAACGUAGACUAUGAGGAAAGUAGAAAAUAUAAACAGUCUCACUAUGUGAAGAUAAUCACUGCUAACAAGUCAGGGUGUUUUUCCAGGUCUGUUUUUUUUUUUCUCUAUGCAUGUUUUAUGUCUUUUAAAAAUUUUAUAUAAAGUCAGCAUACCACAUAUACAUUUUACAUAAGCUUUUUCACUUACUAUUUUAUCCAAGAUGUAGUCUUUAUAUACAGCCUUAAACUUUACAUUAGCACUUGCAUGCUAAUCAGUCUCUAAUGAUUUCCGCUAUGUUGGUCACGGAAGGUGGUUUCUUGUUGGCCAGUGGGGUGAGCAUCUAUGUGUAUGAAUCUUUUUCCACAGUUGGGAAAAUUUCCCAUGGCUAGAUUCCCAGGAAUAUGUACUUCUUGUCAAACUAUUUCUGAGGUUAUUUUCAGAAAUGUUUAGCAAAUAGGAAUUGUUAGCUUGAAAUCAGUUCAGUUCAGUUGCUCAGUUGUGUCCAACUCUUUGCGGCCCCAUGGACUGCAGCAUGCCAGGCCUCCC